AUUGGGAAUGAACCACAGUCUGUCUCAACAUCACAGCAGACUCACACUAUUGUCCUCCUUCCAAAUUCCGUAAGGUUACGAGCGGUGCCCCAGAGCUUCGCAUAGUGACGGCAGCAGAGCCACCCCGAUCCGCCACUUCUUCACAGGCCAGCGACCCCGGAGCCUCACCAUCAUGGCGAAGCGCAUCGAGCAGCAAGAAAUCGAAAAGUACUGGGAAAUCUUCGCCUCCCUCUCUCAUGGCGGGACGCACUUGACGGGCUCCCAGGCGGCGCCGGUGCUGAAGAAUAGUCAGCUGAAUGAUGAUAAGCUGGAGAGGAUAUGGGACCUGGCGGACGUGGACAACGAUGGGAGUCUGGAUUUCGAGGAAUUCUGUGUUGCGAUGCGAUUGAUCUUCGAUAUAGUCAAUGGGGAAUACGCAGAUGUGCCAGCGUCAUUACCGGACUGGCUGGUCCCCGAGUCAAAGGCCCAUCUUGUGCAAGCCAGCCGCGCACUCACGGGACGACAAGUACAAUUUGAGAAAGUGGAAGAUGAAGAUGAGACUCUGGGACUGAAAGACGGCUUUGAUUGGUACAUGAGCCCAUCAGACAAAUCGAAAUACGAAGAGAUCUACAAUGCGAAUCGGGAUGGGCGCGGAGAGAUCUCCUUCGACACCCUAGAGCCAUUAUACAGCUCCCUCGACGUACCAGAUACCGAUGUUAAAUCAGCGUGGAACCUAAUCAACCCAAACGCAAACUCUACUAUCUCCAAAGAUGCGACUCUGGCAUUCCUACAUAUCCUGAACAACCGCCACGAGGGGUUCAGGAUUCCUCGCAAUGUCCCGCCAUCCCUGCGUGCCUCGUUUGAGCGGAACCAAAUCGAUUACCAGGUCGAUAAUCAGCGAGCUGGCUCACCGGCGCAGAAGUGGGGUUCGGCAGGGGGCGAAGAGACAAGCACAGGACGCAAGGCCAAGUUUGGAGACACGUACCUGAGCCGGUUAGGGGUUGGCGGAAAGAGCAGCUACCGCCCAGCUGGGACGGACUUCUCCACGACCAAGACGACAGAAGAUUGGGAGGAGGUCAGGCUGAAGAAGCAGCUUGCUGAGCUAGAAGCUAAGGUUGACAAGGUGGAAGCUGCAUCUGCGAAGAGGCACGGGGGAAAGAGAGAUACGAAGCCAGCGCUUGUUAAGAGGGAACUGGAGCAGCUGCUUGAUUAUAAGAGGAGAGAGCUGAGGGAGAUGGAGACGGGCGAGGGCAAGACUAAGGAGGGCGCUGGGUUGAAGGGCGUGAGAGAGGAGAUUGAGGCGGUCAAGGAGCAGGUUGAUGGAUUAGGAGCACAUUUAAGGUCCAGACAGAGCGCGCUCGAAGAUCUUCGGCAACAAGUGGAAGAUGAGAAGGCAGGAAGGUGAAGAUAGAACUAUUCUUUCUUGUAGAAUACACUUUCCAGAUAGAAAUAUCAUAUAAAGCGAGUGUAGAUAUCUCCAGUAUUUUAAGAAUCC